CCGCGGACGACGCUGCCGUCGUACUUUCGGUCGAUCGGGUUUGAGUGCCCGCCGCGCAAGGACAUUGCCGACUUUCUCCAGGAAGUUACGACGCACUUGGGACCACGGUUCGCGACAACGGACCGGUUGAUGAAGAACAACAAGCGGCCGUCGACCGCGGCCGAGUUUGCGUCGCGUUUUCGGGAAAGCUCCGUCUUUCACAACCUUAUGACGGAAGUGUCGCAGGCGGAAAAGCACUCGUGGAACUUUGCGUCCGCCCAGGGGUCACGCGUCGCGAUGGGGUAUGCCGACUGCUUCAAGGUCGUGUUCGGGCGCACGGUCAAAGCAUCGCUUCGCGACGCCCGGUUCAACCGAUCGCGCAUGAUCCAAGCGGUCGUGCUCGGGACGAUUGUCGGGACGGUGUUUUUGGACACGGGCCGCAACGAAAACGUCCUGGACGAGAAGAACUUUGUCCCGAUCAAGGUCGGGCUGCUGUAUCUGGCGACCAUGUUCCAGGCGCUGGCGACGCUGUCCGCGAUCGAAGCCAUUAUCAACCGCCGCGCCGUCUUGUACAAGCAGUCGGCAUUCCACUUUUUCCACAUCUCGACGUACGCGCUGUCGGAGGCCAUCAUGGAGCUCCUGUGGACGAUCCCGCAGGUAUUCCUGUUCAGCGCGCCGUUGUACUUUGCCGUCGGCCUCGCCAACUCGGCCGGCGCGUUCCUCACGUUUGUCGGGAUGUUGUAUUUGGCGUCGACCAUCUACUCGCAAUUGUUUCGCCUCAUCUCGGCGCUGUCGCCCGAUGCCGUGCUCGCCAAGGUGUACGCGAUGCUCGUCAUCUUCCUCCACAUUGUGUUUUCGGGGUACAUCCUGCCGCAACCCAAGAUUCCGACCGGAUGGAUUUGGCUCUACUGGUCCAACCCGAUGGCGUGGAUUCUCCGGGCGCUGUGCCAGAACGAAUUCCUCUCGUCGACCCGCGUGUACGACUUCAAGCCGCCGUUCGCAGUCAAGCUCAGCAACGGGACGACUGGCCGGUUCCGCCUCGGGGACAUCUCGCUCGACUUGUUUGGCAUGUCUCGCAACCCCGACUUUAUUCCGGCGGCCGUCGGCGUCCUCGUCGGGAUUUACGUGGUCCUGUUGACGCUGACCACGAUCGUGUACGCCCAUGUGCGCAUCCGCAGCCGCUUCUCGACGACGUCGGCGCCCGGCAAGUCGACAACCGACAGCAAGGCCGGCAACGUUCCGUUCGAUGCCGUCGCUAUCCCGUUCCAAUCCACCCGCGGCGGAGGUGUCAACAGCCUUCCAUUCGUUCCCGUCACGUUGAGCUUUCGCGACUUGUACUACACGAUUGACGUGGGCACGCGCAAGAACAAGACAACGCGCCAAUUGCUCAAGGGCAUCCACGGGUGCUUCCAGCCUGGCACGUUGACUGCGCUGAUGGGGUCGACGGGCGCGGGCAAGACGACGUUGAUGGACGUGAUUGCCGGCCGCAAGACGGCCGGCGUCAUCGAAGGCGACAUGUUUGUGAAUGGGCAUCCGCUGGUCCGCCAGACGUUCAACAGCGUGUCGGGGUACUGCGAACAGACCGACAUGCACGAAGGAACUGCGACGAUUCGCGAAGCGUUCCUGUUUAGUGCUUCGCUUCGGUUGCCGAGCGACACGACCGCGUUGCUGCGCGAGUCGUUUGUCGACGACAUUUUGGACGUGCUGGAGCUGACCCCCAAGGCCGACGCCCAGUACUUGACCCUGAGCCAAGGCGAACGCAAGCGUGUGACGAUCGGGGUCGAGCUCCUGUCGAACCCGAGCAUUCUGUUCUUGGACGAGCCGACGACGGGGUUGGAUUCCCGCGCCGCGACGAUUGUGAUGGAGUGCAUCAAGCGCAUUGCCGAGUCGGGCCGGACCGUUGUGUGCACGAUCCAUCAGCCGUCGACGGUGCUGUUCGAGCUCUUUGACAAGCUCCUGUUGCUCAAGACGGGUGGGGAACUCGUCUACUUUGGGGACCUCGGGCCCAAGAGCGUGCACUUGCUCGAGUACUUUGGCCACUUUGCCGGGCUCGACCCGAUCGGCGCGAGCGAAAACCCGGCCACGUACAUGCUCAACUGCAUCGGUGCCGGGACUGGCGGGGCCAAGAUCGACGUCGAUUUUGCGGCGGCAUACAUGCAAAGCAACUUGGGACGGGAGAACGACGUGCUUGUCGCGCGGUGGGCUGAGCCCACGGGCACCAAGCUCGCGUCCAAAGGCGCCGCCAGGGUUUCGUUUGCGUCGCAAUUCCGCUUGCUGUUUGCCCGCCAGUGCACAACGUAUUGGCGCAGUCCGUCGUACAAUAUUUCGCGCGCGGUCCUCAUGGUGUUCAUGCCGCUCAUUUACGUGUCGUGUUUCUACGGGAUGAAAGUCGAGACGAACAUGGACGUGCUCAACCAAAUGGCGCUGGUCUUCAUGGCGGUCGCGAUGAUUUGCAUUGCGUCCAUGUCAACCGCGAUCCCGUUCGUGUCGCGAAGCCGCAGCGUGUUUUACCGCGAAAAGCUCUCGACCAUGUACUGUGCGACGGCGCAUGCGCUGUCGCUGGCGAUCGUCGAGCUCAUGUACACGAUCGUGCUGUCGGCGAUCUUUUUCCACGGGUUCUACUGGUUGUCCGGGCUCAACACGGACACGGAAGCAUGGGUCGUGUUCUGGGCAGGACUCGCGUCGAGCAUGGUGCUGUGGUCGUACUUUGGCCACUUUCUCGUGUACUCGCUACCGUCGAUGCAGGUUGCCGUGCUCUUGGCUGGCGGGCUCGCGUCGCUCCUGUUUGUUUUUUCCGGCUUCAUGAUCGACGGCGAGUCGUUGGCCAAGGGGUGGCGGUGGCUCUAUUGGAUUAGUCCGCUGCACUACACGCUCGAAACGAUCAUGAUGUCGCAGUUCAAGAGCCAAAAUGUGUUGGUGCGCGACCUCGUCGAAGGCAAACCCGUGCGGAUCGACCAGUACGUGUUCAACUACUUCCACGGCGCGUUCUCGUACGACAACAUUUACCUCAGCCUCGGUCUUCUCUGGGCCAUCAUCGGCGUUCUCCAGCUCAUCAUCCUGCGCUGCAUGGCCAAAGUGAACCACAUGAAGCGCUAAAGCAUCGAGCGAGUCCUACCUGUGUCUGUCGUCGAGUCGAUGCAAAAUAAUUCGUAAUUCAUUUAUCGGAAUCACCA